ACGUGGGCCAAUUUAGUUCUCUUAAAACCCCCAUAUUUGUUGUCUAUGCACUUUCUUUCAAUUCUCCUCAUUUCCAUUCCGCACACCGUCGACAACAUUAGACCACUCGCCUUCCAACCGCUUCACAACCACACGCACCAGAGACUCAAGAUCAUCUCCUUCAGGAGAAAGAAACUGCGAAAUACAUUCAAAUGGAGGAGAGAGAAACCUCCACUGGGGCUUUGGUACCGGCGGUAAAGCCUUUAUCGGUGGUUCCUCCUCCACCGGCACCGGAAUCUGCCGUCUCCGGUGACGAAUUGGUGGUUUCGCCGACGGAAGCGGACAAAGAUUUGAUGUGUCCGAUUUGUAUGCAGAUGAUAAAGGAUGCUUUUCUUACCGCUUGUGGACAUAGUUUUUGUUACAUGUGUAUCAUCACUCAUCUUCGUAAUAAGAGUGAUUGUCCUUGUUGCGGUCGUCAUCUUACAAACAAUCAGCUUUAUCCUAAUUUCCUCCUCGACAAGCUAUUAAAGAAGGCUUCGGUUCGUCAAGUGUCGAAAUAUGCAUCUCCUGUUGAACAAUUUCGCCGUGCAUUAUUGCAGGGUUGUGAAGUGUCAGUCAAGGAGGUGGAUACCCUCAUGUCACUUCUUGCAGAGAAGAAGAAAAAGAUGGAGCAAGAAGAAGCUGAGAGAAACAUGCAGAUUUUGCUGGAUUUCUUGCAUUGCUUGAGAAAGCAGAAAGUGGAUGAGCUCAAUGAGAUUCAAAAUGACCUGCAGUACGUCAAAGAGGACAUCACUGCUGUUGAGAGGCAUAGAAUGGAGUUAUAUAGAGCAAGGGAUAGGUACUCAGUAAAAUUGCGAAUGCUCGGUGAUGAUUCAACCCCGAAAUUGUGGCCGUCAACAGCUGAUAGGAGUACUGGUGGUGUUUCCUCUGGUUCACGUAGCUCACUAGGAGGGUUGGCUAUGGGAAAUUUCCAGAACAAGAAGAUGGAUUGUAAGGCUCAAGGCUCCCACGGGAAUCAGAGAAAGGAUGCUUUAAGUGGUUUGGACUCACAGUACAUUAGCCAGUCAGGUUUGGCUGUGAUGAGAAAAAAAAGGAUCCAUGUGCAGUUUAAUGACCUGCAAGAAUGUUACCUGCAAAAGCGACGCCAGUUAACUGACCAGCCAAUCAGACAGGAUGAGAGGGAUCCAAAUUUUGUGCAGAGAGAAGGCUAUAGCGCAGGUCUUGCUGAGUUCCAAUCUGUACUAUCUACUUUCACUCGUUACAGUCGAUUGAGAGUUAUAGCUGAACUCAGACAUGGGGACCCUUUUCAUUCUGCCAAUAUCGUAUCAAGCAUUGAAUUUGACCGCGAUGAUGAGUUAUUUGCUACAGCUGGAGUUUCCCGAAGAAUUAAAGUCUUUGACUUCUCCUCGGUUGUGAAUGAACCUGCAGAAUCACACUGUCCUGUUGUUGAGAUGUCAACUUUGUCCAAACUUAGUUGUUUGAGCUGGAACAAGUUUACCAAGAACCAAAUAGCUAGUAGUGAUUAUGAGGGAAUAGUUACUGUAUGGGAUGUGACGACACGCCAGAGUGUGAUGGAGUAUGAAGAACAUGAAAAACGGGCAUGGAGUGUUGAUUUUUCGUGCACAGAACCUUCAAUGCUUGUGUCUGGCAGUGAUGACUGUAAGGUAAAAGUGUGGUGUACAAAACAAGAAGCUAGUGUGCUUAACAUUGACAUGAAGGCAAAUAUAUGUUGUGUCAAGUACAAUCCAGGAUCUAGCUAUCAUAUUGCGGUUGGUUCUGCUGACCAUCAUAUUCACUACUAUGAUCUGAGGAAUGUAAGUCAGCCACUUCAUGUGUUUGGUGGGCACAAGAAAGCGGUCUCAUAUGUCAAAUUUUUAUCAACAAACGAGCUUGCUUCGGCAUCAACCGACAGCACAUUGAGGCUGUGGGACGUGAAAGAGAGCUUACCAGUUAGAACAUUUAGAGGUCAUACUAACGAGAAGAACUUCGUAGGCUUGUCAGUAAAUAGUGAAUACAUAGCCUGUGGGAGUGAAACUAACGAAGUGUUUGUCUAUCACAAGGAAAUUUCUAGACCUGUAACAUGUCAUAAAUUUGGGUUGCCGGAUGUUGAGGAUGCCGAUGAAGAUGCUGGAGCCUAUUUCAUAAGUGCUGUAUGCUGGAAAAGUGAUAGUCCUACAUUGUUAACAGCCAACAGUCAAGGAACAAUCAAGGUGCUAGUGCUUGCUGCUUAAAGUUCACCUAGUUAAUUAUCACAGGAUUUCAAAAAGUGACCAAUGCCUGAAUUUAUUCAUAGAUUUUGUUUUGCCCGUUUCCAUUCUCCAUUAUUGGGUCUUGCAACCAUUCUCUUGUAUAUACGUCAUAUCCGUCAUGUAAUGAGGUCUCCAUAUCUGUUGCAUUUUGUAAAUUUGUCCGUCUCCUGUCAGAGUGAUGUAGACUUUGUGGCUCGGAGUAUGCAACUCUCCGGCCACUUGCGGGAUGGAUCUAUUUCCAAUUGUUAUGACUUUUUAUGUACGAAGCAUUAAAGUUUUCAUAGCAUAUUAAUAGGAAAUAAGUUGUACUUUUUUUUUAUUAACAA